AUGUCUAAAAAAAAUGGUGGUUCCAACUUAGAACGUUAUAACCAUUUUAAAAAACUAUAUGAUAAUGCUAUUAAAAAAUACAAGAUAGAAGAAUACAAAAGUUCUUAUUGUUCUUUUGACUCUGUUGCAAACGGAUAUAGAUUUGAAAAUGAAGAAUUAGCAUAUGAUGCCAAAUAUUAUUUGGCACUUCAUUUUUUGAUAGGAUUAGGAAUUACUAAAAAUUUGGAUAAAGCUCAAAAUCUCUUUAAAGAAGUUUUCACGAGUAGUUCCAAAUACAAAGAACGUGCCAAACAGAAGUUACUAGAUUUUAUAAAAUAUGCAGGAUAG